UGGAAAACAGAUGAUUUCCGCUGUCAAUCGAAAAUUAAAUGGCUUUAAAGUAAUUAAAUGAAAUGAGAGCAUCGUACUGCAACUAGAAAUUCAUCCCAGUGUUAUGGAAACUUUGUUUACGCGAGAUAAUAUGUGACGUAUUGCUUGAUUUACGCUGGAAGCGUUUAUUCCCAUCCUCUGGCCUAAUUUGCACAAAUUGUCAGCUGAGAUGUGGGUAAGCGUGAAUGUUUGGUUGCUGCUAGUCUUUUUUCCUUCGUCAAGAGCAUCAUGCCAGCACCAAAGAACAGUCCUUACCAAUUUAACUGGCAUCCUUACUGAAGAGGUUCCAGAUGAUCAACACAGCACCUAUCCACAUUAUGCCAGAUGUGAAUGGCUUAUUGAUGCUCAGCACCCAAAUAAGACCAUCAUUCUCAAUUUCGAGUAUAUAGACACAGAGUGCUCCUACGACUUCCUGUUCAUCUACGAUGGCGACUCCUACAACUCUCCCAUGCUUGCCAGUCUUAGUGGAAGCAACAAUCCAGAAACUAUUUUGGCUAGAUCCGGGAAGAUGCUGAUGUACCUGUUCAGUGACAGAAACUAUGAACGGAAGGGCUUCAAGGUUCACUAUGAGAUAAAAGACUGCCCAUUUAACUGCUCCAAUCAGGGCAACUGUGUGGACUUCAGAUGUUACUGCUACCCCGGCCGGACUGGGGAGUUCUGUGAGAGAGAACAAUGCCCUCUAGAUUGCUCACAUGGACAGUGUGUACCAGAUGAAGAAAAUGAUAACAUGACUUCCAGCUGUAAAUGUGAUCCAGGAUACAUUGGGUAUAUGUGCAAUAUAAGCAUCAAUGAUGCUGAAGGGAGUGAAUACUGGUACGAUGUUUUACCACAGGGCAUGGGGUUAAAGUCCAGAUCAGCCCAUGCUGGUGCUUUUUUACAAGAUAUUCAGUGUUUGUAUGUGUUCGGCGGAUUUUCUCUGAAUGAAGUUUUAGGUGAUCUCAAAAAGUAUUGUUUUGACACAAAUAGAUGGGAUGAUGUUGAAAAAAAUAAUUCAUGGCCCGAAGGGCGUUACGAACAUGCAAUGGUGGUAUUUGAAAACGGGUUUUACAUGUUUGGUGGUAUAUUAGAAAGCGGGUCUUACAGUAACCAGUUAUGGUAUUUCAAUGCAUCUUUAGAAACAUGGGAAAUGCAUGCCAAUGACAGCACUGUUCAACCAUUGGAACUAUCAGGGCAUACAUUGACCAGGGUUGAAGAUGAUUUAUACGUGUUUGGUGGCAAAACUGUGGAUGGCCAGUUUUGGGCGAAAAUGUAUAAAAUCGACGGAUACAUUCCAUCUCAGUGGGAGGAGGUUCUACCUUUGGCAGGAAAGUCUUCAGCACGCAGACUAGUCGGACACUCAGCUGUGUACCAUAAUGAAUCUAAAUCAUUGCUGAUCUAUGGUGGCUACUCCCACUCACCAGACCAACCAAGAUAUGGCUCACAUACAAAUGAUCUGCAUAUAUUUCACAUAAAAAACUUGAUAUGGUCAAAGAUCAACUUUGACAUUGACAAAAUUUCUCAAAAUGUUCCUAGUCAGCGCUCCUUCCAUAGUGUUCAGAUCAUGGGGAACUACAUGGUAGUGUACGGGGGAAAUGCCCACAUUCACCAUGAGGUGGAAACGUGUUACGACUAUAAGAUCUACCUGUACCACCUUGGCUGUCAUGUAUGGGUGGAUGCCUCCACAUUGAUGGGAAAGUACAUGGAAGUCAUUGAGUCUACAACUAAUCGAGGGCGUGUCAGUCAUGUGUCUGCUGUUGCCAAUGGUAACCUGUUGCUGGUUGCUGGGGGUUAUGCAGGCUAUGUGAAGGGUGAUCUCCGGCUGUUCAAGUUUCCACAAAUCAUAGCACCACCAAGUUAUGAAGCGGGCCUUGACCUGGAUUACUGCAUGAACAUCACCUGGAGGGACAAGUGUCAGACCAACCCAGCCUGCUUCUUCUGUAACGACCCAAAAUCCUGCAUGCACCGCACUCUCGAACAUAAAUGUAAAGAAAUGACCAGCUACAUGGCGAUGCCACGUGCACUUUGUCCUGGCAUCUGUCCACGGCUCACCACGUGUAUCUCGUGCCUGAGCCAGGGUCAGGGUGCUUCGCUCACUGAAAAAUCCCUGGAGAGGCGCACAUACAUACAGCCCUGUAACUGGUGUGUCAAGGAGGCCAAGUGUCAGCAGAGAUCAAAGCCUCAGGGAAACUGCAUCUCGCCCACCAACACUGUGUCAGGUACGGUGGGCUGGUGGAACGGUUUAAGCGCCUCCUUGAGUCAGAUUGAUCAGUGUCGUGUAGAGGACCUCCCGGCUGGUCUCAUUGCGACCAAGUACCGCUCUGGUUUCGGGGAGAACAACAUGCCUGAUGAGGUGGAGAUAAUCAGACAAACCACCGAGUCUGAGACAUUUCGACACAUCUAUGUCCGUCAGGGAUACAAAAGCCAAAUUCGCUGGUCAGGUUUUAUUCACCCACUCAACGCCUCUGUGACGGGGCUUAUCAGCAGUCCACAGAUGCAGUACGCCCUGCAACUCAUGGUGGAGAAGAUAUCUGUCAAGAUCUGGCUCAGCAGGAAUGAGACCAAACUAGCUGAAAAGGUUUUUGACCUGGACAUCAAGGACAAGAAUGGCCGUAUUGAAGAUGAACAGAUGACAAGAGCUGAUCGCAGUCUUCUUUUCCCUAACAUCUCAAGGGGCCUUAAGUACUACAUAGAACUGAGCGGCCUUCAUGACUACCCAAACUACUCUGAGAGCAUGCACCUUGGAGUGAAAAUGUACAACCUGACACUCAAGUGGGAUGGGAAAGCAAACAAUGGUAACCAAAUGCCCAAGUACCACCCGUUUAGCUAUGAAUUCCUGGAACCAUACAGCCAGGGUGACUGUAAGAAGUUUACCAACUGCCUCUCCUGUAUGACCGACACCAAGUGCGGCUGGUGUGACCCCAUGGAUAGUUGCAUGCAGCGAAACAACUCCGACAACACAUGUGUGGGGGAAGGGAGUGUACUCAUGAUCACCGAGCCGUCCGUCUGUCCUGUGUGUUCCGAUCAUGUGGAGUGUGACUCAUGUUCAGAGGAUCGUCUAUGUGAGUGGGUACGAGACUCAGUGUGUUGUGUACGUCGAGGUCAGGCUGAGGAGAGCAAGGUCGUCCGUCACCCAGAUCAGUGUCCUGCCACUUGCCAUGAGCGACAGAACUGCAGCUCUUGUCUGGACAUCAGUGAGUGUGCAUGGUGUGAGAAUCUACGAACUUGCCUCCCGUUCUAUGACUACGUAUCACGACACCGACAUGGCCAGUGCACGGAGUGGAUAGACAGUGAGACUAAAAGCGCCAGUAACCCCUUCAUGUGUAGAAAUUGCUCUGAACACAAGAAGUGUGACAAGUGCAUGCUGACCUUCAAUUGUGGGUGGUGUGGGAACGUAGCUAAUCCAACCAUCGGGGUCUGCAUUGAAGGAGACUUUGCUGGUCCUUAUGGAAAUGUCACUUGUUCGGCGAUAGUGAACACAAACCAUGGUAAUAUUGUGAAGAUGUCUGAUCACUCCGAUUGGUCGUACAGCAGAUGCCCUGACGUUAAUGAAUGUACCCUAGGUCUCUCACAUUGCCAUGCCAAUGCCACAUGCACGGACACACCUGAUGAGUACAUCUGCACAUGCAACAGAGGUUUCUAUGGAGAUGGAAAGUCAUGCACAAAAACGUGUUACCACAAGUGUGCCAUGGGAGAAUGCCUGGAGGACCAGGGGGAAUAUUACUGUGACUGUAACAUAGGCUGGACAGGGGAGGACUGUGCUGUAGACUGCAAGUGUAAUGGACACAGUGGUUGUGAGUUUGGUGUGGGAAAGUGUGAUUUCUGUCUCAAUGGGACAACUGGGCCAUACUGUAACGAGUGUCUGGAGGGAUACUAUGGGGACCCCAAGACAGUCGAUGGCUGCUUCCCCUGUCAAUGCAAUGGGCAUGGAAAUGAGUCCCUUGGUCUGUGUAACAACUCUACAGGGGCUUGCUACUGCACCGGGCACACCCAGGACUACCACUGUAACAAGUGUAUGGACAACUAUUAUGGGAACCCAGGAAAUGGUGGGAAGUGUUACCUGCAGUGUGACCAUGGUAUGAUAGUGAACAACCUGACAGCAGGCUCCAUGGGCUCCCACAGCGGGCCAGGGGUGUCAGGCUGGAGGGCCUACUGCCUGUGGAUCCUGAUGACGGAGCCUCGGGCCCAUCCACAGAGCAUCACUUUCACCCUGGAGCAGCUUGCAGUGGAGUGUGAACUGGACCAUGUGUAUGUGUAUGAUGGUAUCCCUGAGUUUAUAGACAGUGCGGGCCUUGGUGUGUUACUGGGAGCCUUCUGUGGGUUCCACUCAUUGGACAUCAACGUCACCGCCAACUCCGGAAUACUCACCGUUUAUUUUGAUGCUGACAUUAGCGGCGAUAAUUCCACUACCCAAGGCUUCAACGCCAGCUACCAUGUGAACAGGUGCAACCAGAUAUGUGACAACCAUAGCAACCAGAUGUGUUACCAUGGUGAUUGUGUUUGUAAAGAGGGCCUGGCUGGGUUUCCAGGAUGCAACAUCACAGUCUGUGAAGAUGGAUAUACAUUCAACAAGGAGGAGUCGAGUUGUGAGAAAGUGAUCACCGAGGGAUCAGCCACCUACCAGAUAACUGCCUUCCCCCCACCCCCCUCGACUCUACCCCAAGGUCCCAACACCCUGAGCUAUGACCCUGUCAGUCACACCUAUGACCCCUGGGGUCAGCGUGGCCCCGUGCCCCGGUAUGGUCAUGUGUUGAUCCACUGUGAUAAUGACAUCAUGUAUGUGUUUGGAGGGCGAUCAUUGAAGUAUGGACUGCUGAACGAUAUUUGGCAGUACAGUUUUGUAACCCAUAAUUGGACGGAAGUUAAGCCCAUCUCUAAUAUUCAACCAAACUCCAGGUACUUCCACACAGGUGUGUGUAUCCCACGACGUAAGACUUUCUACAUAUUUGGGGGACUGGUGGGACAACAUGACACCAGCAAGGAGAUGUGGAAGUUUGCCAUCGAUGCUCGCAAGUGGUCAGGACCAAUGGAGCCAGUGUGGGUGAGUGAAGUUGCAGGCCACAGUAUGACGCUGACAUCGGAAGAUAAGCUGGUGAUUAUUGGUGGGUUCUCAACGAAAGACUACUUCAGUGACAGUGUGUACGUGUUUGAUUUCAACAGCUACCCCACAAACUGGGAGAGGCACAAUACGGACAACAUCACACAGGCUAAACCUACAGGUAUCUAUGGGCACAGUGCGGUAUACGAGCCCCAAUCACAGACCAUUUACAUCUAUGGGGGCUAUGUGUACCGAGAAGAAAGAUGGAGAGUAUCUCGUAGUCUCUUCACCUACGAUGUCGCCACAAACUCAUGGAACCUUCUUCAGCCAGAGGUUCAGGAUCUGCCUGAGAUGGAGCAGUUUUUGAAGGAGACACGGUAUUUCCACAUAGGGGCUGGUUUAGCUGGUCACAUGGUUAUCCUGGGAGGGUUUUCCCACCAGCACGAGCCCAGUGAUGUGGCCCUCGUGUACAACUACCGCUGUAACUACUGGCACAGGCUUCAUCUCGAUGACAAGACAGGUCGAGAGCUCCUCUCCCUGGUUGGAGCGAAGGCUGUUGUGUAUGAGGAUGCCGUGUACGUGUUUGGAGGUCUGGGAUCCCGAGUGCAGGGAACUCUGUACAGACUCAAACUGCCUAGAGACAUAUGCAACAUCUACAAUACCUCUUGUCGAAGUAAGCCCGGAUGCUCUGAGGCCCAGCUGAGGGUGGAGGAUCAGAAUGAAACUGUGUGCUUCUCCACUGAUGGUGACCCACCUCCCAGGCGAGGACGUUACGUGGCCAAGUAUUUGGCUGCUCGCUGUGACCUUGACUGGCACGACACACGCCGAUGUGGGAACAUUAGAAACUGCUCUGAGUGUAUUGCCACAUAUCCACAGUUUAAACAAGCACAGCCGGCAUGCACCUGGUGUACAAAGUGCGUGUUUGGUCGAUGUAUCAGUCGAAGGGACACGUGUAGGGGCCAGAUGAAGUGUGAGAUAGUUCCAAAUACAUCCAACUCCUCUGCACUGACACCUGUGACCCCUACAUGCCCAGUGAAGCUCUGUAUUGCCUCAACGUGCCAACGCUGCAAGGAUCAGGGCUGUCUGUGGUCACUGAACAUACCUAGAGAGACCAUGAGCACAUUCCUACCCUCAAAAGAGUGGACUUGUGUUCUUUCAAAGCGGAUGUACCUUGGUUACCAUGGCAACCGGACGGAAGUGCUGGGGCAGAAAGAUGAGUGCCCGAAACCGUGUUAUGAAUAUGAGUCGUGUGGAGAGUGCCUCAGCUCAAUUGGGGGAGAGGGAGGUGCUAGCGAGUGCUUUUGGAGUGAGGGUCUUAAUGAGUGUAUGCCACCAGCCUACUUGUCCCUCCACUGCCUGGGUGGGGUAUGCGGUACAAUCCUGCAAGGCCCUCGAGACAAAUGUCCCCUGCCCUGUUCCACAUAUACCAAGUGUGCAGAUUGUCGCCAGGCACAGGGGUGUGGAUGGUGUGCAGAUGGGAGCGAGAAUGGACGCGGGGUGUGCCUCCAGGGCACGCUCAGUGGGCCUUUCAAUCAGCAGAUGUGUAAGAAGAAGAAUAAUGCCUAUCCUGAGAAAAAAACAGACACAGACGUAUUUGAGCGUGACCCGCAGUGGGCGUACGCAACAUGUCCACCAGAAAAUGAAUGUCUAAACGGCCACGACAACUGUGAUACGGACACAGAGGAUUGCAGUGAUCGGCUAGUCGGCUUUUUGUGCACAUGUAAACGAGGAUAUAAGAGGGAAGACAAGGACGGUGUGAGCGUUUGUAAACCAGUCUGCCACCAGGAGUGCGGUGAAGGUGAUUGUGUCCGGCCUGACGAAUGUGUGUGCCACUUUGGGUAUGUGGGGCGUAACUGUUCCACCAAGUGUGAGUGUAACGGCCACAGCGACUGUGCCAGCGUGGAGGAGAAGAGGAAAUGUCUUAACUGUACAGAUAACACACAGGGUUCCCAGUGUCAGGAGUGCAAGCCCCUGUAUGUGGGGGACCCCAGGGAUGGUGGACGGUGUACCUCAUGUCAUGACUUCUGCCAUGGUCACUUUGAUGUCUGCCUCUAUUACCUAGACACUGCACGCUUUGGCCAAGAGAUUGACAGACUUCUGAAGAAAUAUGGGAGUGCCAAGUCUCAGGCUUUUUAUGAAGAGUUUAAGCGUUACCAGCAUGCGGGCCCUACAACCCGGAACAGCACCAAGUGUUUAAGUUGCCGUGACAACACAAAAGGCGAGCGAUGUGAGAAAUGUGAGCCGGGAUACUUCCGCAGACCAAACAUGAAACCAGAUGAACCCUGCAUCAAAUGCAUGUGUAAUGGUCACGGGGACAGCUGUGAUGCAGACAGCGGCCUGAACUGUGUGUGUAAGAACAACACAGAGACGCGGUGUAGCAUUGAACAGGGAAAUAGUGACCCCAAAUGCCAUGAGAAACAGUGUGCUGACUGCAAAGAGUAUUUCCUGGGAAAGCCAAAGAGUGGCCACCAGUGUUACCGCACGAUGACCGUGAGUCGUGACUACUGUCUCGAUCCCAACACGCAGGCUGAGUGUAACAGGAUUCCUACAGCCUUGGAUCAUGGAGGGACGGUCUUUUUCGUUGUUCAGCCAAAAUAUGUGAAUGUGGACAUCAGGGUGACCAUUGACAUCACCUUUGGAGGUAUCGAUGUGUUUUUCUCCCCUCGAGAGGACACAUUUGUAGUCCACACUGACAGAUACACUGGCAAACACGUAGUUGACCUUGACCCUGGAUACAAGACUUACACACGCCGUAAAAGAUCUGAAAUCGUGGUCACUGAACAAAGUUAUGUGCGAGAAGUGGAGGCUAAAACUUUGAACACAUUCAUUACUGUGCACAGUCCAGAGACAAUUCUGGUAAUCCGCAAUCUGCGAGGAAGGCUUGUGAUCACACUGCCAAAUGAGAAGUUAAACUUGAAAACUUCCCGGUUUUAUAUGGUGUUUUUGAGCACUGGGAGUAGUGUAAGGAAUGAGACCCUGGGAAAUAUAUACUUCAGACAGGAUCAGCCUCAUAUUGACCUGUUUGUUUUCUUUUCUGUGUUCUUUUCCUGCUUCUUUCUGUUUCUUGCCAUGUGUGUUCUUGUGUGGAAAUUCAAACAAGGCUGUGACGCUCGUCGUAAUCGUCAGCAGCGUGCACAAGAGAUGCUUCAUAUGGCCUCUCGGCCGUUUGCUAAAGUACUUAUCCAUAUAGACCAUCCAGUGACUCCAUUUAAUAUAUCUCCAAGUUUACGACCACGACCUCCACGUAAGCCAACGGAGCGGACCCCAUUCUUAGCCAGUGAGCCAAAUAUUCCCCUCUCUCAGACAGUGAAUACCUCGCGUGAUAAGUUUAACAUUGUGCCCAUAGCAACAGAACCUACAGAGGAUGGUAUAUCAGCAGUGGGUACGAUCGUGUUCCAGCUCCCGGGGGGAAACUCCGCCCCCUCUCACCUCUGUCUGGGCUCAGCGCUGAUCACUCAGGUCAGCCACAUGGGGAAAAACAGGCGUCUUCCUGUCUCUUCUAAUUGCUAGCAGAAAAGAACUGGCAGGGAUGAACAAAAUUAGGAUUCGGGAGAAGCUUUUUUCAAGAUUGUUUAAUAAUUCCUUAGCGUGAAAUAGCAUAAGUUAUUUUUAAAUUCAUGUACAAUUUUUCUUAUUUUUAUCCGAGGCAGUCUUUAUUUCGCUGUACUUAUUGUAAAGAUAUACUGGUUCAUAAACAGUCUUUGUACCACCGAUAUUAUUCAUCGUUAUCUUCUUUUGAUUUGUGUAAGUUAUGUUUUUAAAAAAAGUCAUACCAUGUCAUUAUAUCAAAUUCCAUUGUAUUAAAUCAUUGUUGUUAUUUCUACAUGAUCAUGCUUUAAAAAGGUCAUUACAUCAUUUAUAAUGUUGCUUCUCAUACAGUGAUUCAUUUUGAAAUCUGCUUGGGUGCAUCUGUUCGGACUCAGAUAUUUCACCACCAUGAGUCCUGAGCUAAAAUCUGAGAGUCCCAAAUAUCACUUUGUGCACAUAUAACUAAAAAACAGUGCAUCCCAAGGAUUCAAAUAUUUAAGAAUUAUGGGUCUUCGGAUAAAACAAUGUAUAGGACUCUGGAUGCCCUUCAAAAUGAAUCAUUGCAAAUACAGACAGUUAAGUUUAACUGAAUGCACUUCAAUGCAAGCUUCCUUCUCAUUUUAGUUUAGGUAUGCUAUUAUGUAGUAAUGUGUAAAUGUGGAUUGUUGUGAGUAGAUAUGCCACUUAAGCCUCCAGCCUUAAAGGCACUCAAAGAUUUUAUUUUGGUAAGACUUCUAUAAACUUUAUUGAAAUUGAAAUUUUACAUCAAACAGCAACCGACAGAUAUAUUCAUUUGAAUGGAAAUUUGUAAAUACAAACCCAAAAUAAUACAAUUUUGAAUAGAGUUAUAACACUUUAUGGCAAAUAGAGCAUUUCUGUGACAGUUUAAGAUGAAUAUUAACACUGAAUAAGAUGAAUAUUAACACUGAAGACAGUAUUUUCUGUGACGGUAUAAGAUGAAUAUUAACACUGAAGAGAGUAUUUUCUGUGACAGUAUAAGUUGAAUAUUAACACUGAAGAGAGUAUUUUCUGUGACAGUAUAAGAUGAUACCUCAACACUAAGAUCCUCUGUAAGCUUUGACCAUGUUUUUGUCAUUGGUAUGACCAUUUUGUUCACAAUUUACAUGAAGAUAUAUGUUUCCAUCUCUAACCCCAUAAAGCAUAAGAGAGUCCCUGUAAGUGUACAUAUUCUCUAAGAGUUUAAAUUCUAUGUUUUAGAAGUCUUAUUAUUUUAUUGAUAUUUAAAAUUUUAUGUAAAAAAAAAAAUCUUUAACAUUACGAUAAGCAUUUUGUAUUUUUUUUUUUUUUUGCCAUAGUGAAGAUUUUCAAAUGUUUAUAACUUUUGUAUACCUAAGAGCAUUUAUAUAUCUCCUGUAGCUUUCAAUGUAAGAUGGCUGACGGUUGGCUAAUGGUUGUCACUGUCAAAAUGGUUUUUAAAAUAAUGUGAGUUUUUCAUUCCAAAUAACUUCCAUAUGCAGUUUUUGAAUUAGCACGUCCGUCAUUGUUUGUAUUAAAAGAUAAUGAAGAGAAGUUAACAUUGUCUGUAAGCUCUGAAUAUCCUUUUAGACACUUAUUAGUGCAUUUUAGUGCCAAAGUAUUGUAUGUAAAAUUAAAAUGAAAUAUUGUUGAAAUGUACAUGUAGUUAGUGGUAUGAUUUUGAUGUUUUAUUGGUACAUGCUUGUGUGCUAUUUUAUAUUGCUUAGUGGCUAAUUUGGCUGAAGUACACUCUAGUUAUGUUUCAGUGUUAUGUGAGCAUUCAUUUGGAAUGACUCUGUAUUUAGGAUACUAGUUUGUCUUAAAGUUCCUCUUUUAAACACAAAGAAGGCAGAACUUCUGACAUAUAUGGUCUUGACAGUCAAGCAUCCCAUUUUGCUACUAUAAUGAUGGUGGAAAAUAAAUCCAGAUAUUUUAUAAUCAGAAAUUGGAAUAAAAAGAUUGAAUAACUGAAAUAGAUUUUAAUGAAAACCAUAACCUUUUCUAGAAAUAACAAAGCAAGUACAUAAAAUGUUUUGUAUAACACAUGCUCCAUAACUUGCAGUGUAGAACAGCGUCAUCUGUGAUAAUUUUAUUUUAGCCCUUGAUCAAGCACUCGUGAUGUGGGCACUUGUACAGUUAUGCAACUACUUCCCUAGGUAAUAGAGUGUUUGAUUUUCACUGUGAAGAUGUAUGAUUAUGGAUGCCUGAUAUUUUCUUCCCUCAAAGUAUCUUAGGGUUGGUAAGCCCUUUAGAUAGCUCUGUUGUCAUCAUUAUCAUCGUCCAAGAACAUAAACAAUGUCAUAACUGGUAAAACAUUCAAUAUAUUCCACUGAAACUUUAUACACCUGUUAACGCUAACAAUACGCACAUUGUGGUUUAAUAAUUGUUGAGUUAUGCCAUAAGUUAUCUCAUUAUGCGAUUGUGUUUUUAUUUAGCUUAUUAAGUGAAUUACAUGUAUGCCAGUGAAGCAAUGUUAUUUUUAGCUUUUGAGUAUAUGGUUUAUUUUUAACAUUACACAAUAUAAAUAAGUUUGCUUUGUACAAUAUUAAUAAACGCUACUAACAUCAACUUUCAUAAAAUAUCAAGGUUCUAAGACUUGUGAAAGUGUUGAUGUUUUGUUUUGCUCAAGUUUUUGUUUAACUGGCCCAUAUUUCUUGAAUUAUGUUCAGUCCCUAAUAACAGGAUCAAGCUUAACUCACUUUUAUUGUUUUGGUAUAAUUUGUGUUGUAUUCUCAUUUUGACGAGUUCUAAGCCUUUUAAGGAAAUUAUCUAAAUGAUAAUCACGAUUUACAUAUAUUUUUUUAUUAUUUAAAAUGAAGUUUAAGUAAUUAAUUUGGCUAAAUGAAAUAAGAGACCCAAGCUUUUUACUUUUAAGAUGUUUAAAGAAAUUGGGGCCUGUACCCUGUUUCAGUCAAGGUCUUAGGCUUAAGAUCAUAUUUCUUGGCUUAACCCUGUUAGGGCUUGUCUUUGGAACAUUUAUGAUAAAGAUUCUGCCCAUAACUCAAAGUACUCAUAAGUCGUGUAAGGAUUACGAUUAAGAUAUCUUUUUGAAACAGGGGCUGGGUGGUUAUAUCUUUGUAUAUUCUUCUAUUUCAAACUGUAUGACCUCACUGUUUUGUUCUCUUAGUUAGAUUCUAUAAAACUUGAGUCAAAAAUAUGAAUUGUAUGCUGUACUUAUUUAUUUAAUGAAUUAAGCUUAUUUUUACUAAAAUAAGACAAUAUUAUACACCAAAUUCUGCACUUUAUUAUACCAGUACAUUUUGCACAUGAUAUUUUUAUGUAUAUGUUUGAAUUUUGUCAAUGUGUCAUUUCAUUGUUCUAUUCUACUGUGUGUCAUGUUCAAUGUGUCAAUAGUUGUAUGAUAUUUUGAGAAGCUUUUGUAUCUAGUUUUUGUACAGUUUGUAUAUAGAGCCCUUUUUUUUACACAUCUUCACUGUACAUAAUGAAUGUGAUUUUGUAUCAUGAAUGAAUUUUUGCACAGUAUCAAAUAUUAAGCAUUACUGUUGUUACGGUUACAUGAUAGAAUGAUUGUUUUACAUAUAUUUACAUUGUCUUGUACUUUUUAUCAUUUUCCAUAAACUAUAUAACUGGCAUAGUAAUGAACAGGUCUUCAAACUUACAUGGACUUUAUGGGAAUUGCCAAAUUGAAUUAGGGCAUUCAUGAUUGCUUACAUGCUCCGGAAAUGAAUUUCAGUCCUUCAAUAAAUGACUAAUUGUUCAUGAUUCUAGUAUAUUAGAACCUUUAUGUGUAAUGUGCGGGUUUAACUGUUUUUAUUGUGUAUUUGGAUCAGUGUUGGCUUAAAAAAAGAAUUACCGGGUUUUCAUAUAGUGAAACAUUGUAAUUAGAAUGAAAUAUGUUGUUGUUCGGACGGGAGACGUUUAACUGGCCGUCAAACUCUCCUAUGAAACUAAAUAACUUCGUUACGGUUGACAUAUUAUGACCACACUUGGUAUAUAUGAAGAGUUUAUGGAUACCUUUUUUGCGUUUUGGGUCUCUGCAGUCAAGGUCACUGUUACUAAAAAACAACAGUUGUAACUGAAUUAUCUUCAGUUUUGGUUGACAUAUUGUGACCAGACUUGGAAGAAAGGUAGAAUUUAGGCGUGAUCAAACUUGGUAUAUAGGAAGAGUUUAUGGAGACAUUUCAUGGGAUUAUGUGUAGGUCAAAGUCACUGUUACUAAAAAUAGAAAAACAGUUGAAACUGAAUACGCUCAGUUUAUGUUGAAAUAUUGCGAGGAAACUUGGUAUAAAGGAAGAGUUUAUGGAGAUCUUCCAUGGUGCAACCAGGUGCAACAAAUCAGCUAAGUUAUAAUUCUAACACCACAGGCUGAGUUUCUUUUGUCAGUCAUUGAAAACCUGGAAUUGACGCAUUGUGGCUUAUCUUGUAUUAUAAUUGCAUUCUUUGUCAAAAUGUACCUCAUACCUUGUCUGAUUACAUCGGUUUUUUACGCCAGUAGAAAUCAUGCCACCUUAUUCUUGGGAUAAUAACCCAUUACGGGACGGCUUGAUGUGAACCAUUACAGGCAGAAAUGGAUGUGAUAGUGAUUUUAAAGCAAUCAGUUUUUGUCAUCAUAGUAGAUAUGUUUUACACACAAAAAAGGCAUAUCAAUGCAUCCACAACCUUACAUACACAUAAAACCAUGGGAAUCGCAGUUCUAUUAUGUAACAAGAAACUGAUGUCAUAUCAUCUGUUUCUCUCAGACCCAUUUCUGCUUGUCCUGGUUCAUGUUAUUAUUAAGCUCUGUUUGAGUAAAACGUGCUCAUUUAAUUAUUGAUCAGUAUUACAUGAUGAUUUGUAAAUGUAUAUUGUAUGUUAUUGGGUGGGAGCCAAACAGUUUUAAGUUCUUCUCUUUUUAAUGUCACUUAAAACUGUUUUGUAUUCAUCUCUGAAUGUCAAGGGGUAAGAGUGAAAAGGUUCUAUCUGCUAAAUUAUUAAAUGUUACUUAGAACUUUUUCAUUUUAAACCCUCAAUUAGUGUACAUGCCAGUCGAAUUUCUUGUGUAUAUUUAUCAUUGUGAAUGGUUUUGAUAUAUUGGUUAUAUUUCGGCCAGUUGCUAUUAUAUAUCUAUUAUGUAAUUGUUGUUAAACAUUUUGAAUGAAUCUUCGAUGUGCGUUUUAUGGAACAUAUAUAUCACUCACAUUUGAAAUAUUAUUAAAAUGAGAAAAUAC